AUGGACUUUAAUUAUAUAAAUACACAUCUUGCUUUAAAGGUACCGCAAGAUUCUAAAAUAUUUCAAGCAGAGAUAGAAAAAGUUAAGCUCAGGUUACCAACAACCAUAAAGGAAAUUGAUGAUAUUCUCCGAUUCAUUUACGGCAAAAAUGAGAUUAUAAUUGAAACUGAAACUUUAUUAGAAAAGAGAGAUAGAUUAGCCAAUUUAAUAGCGAAAAACCCCACAUAUUAUGAUCAAUAUAUGGAAGCAGCAAGAGCUUCUGAAGAACCAAACAAUAAUGAUCACCACGAAAAGGAAGAGGAAGAAUUUUACACACCCGCGCCCAUAGAGUUAAUUAAUGCUAGGAAAUCAUUUAUCAGUGGAUCAAUUAACAAAAAAAUAGAGUAUUUAAUGAAUCUAAAAAAAUACGUUGAAAAUAUUAAUUCACCAGAGAGGCAAAUUUCAAUGAGAUAUAAUAUAUUAGAUAAAAUUAAAACAAACCUAGAAAUUUCAGCGUCUUAUGUGGUUUCUACAAGACCGAUAUCGAAUGUUAAAAUAUUUGGUGAAAAUAAUGACAAGGUUGCAAUAUCUAGUUGGGCAGGGGAAGUGAAAAUUGGUUCUAUAUUAGAUGGUGAAUAUAAAGAAUUAGCAAGGUUUGAACAUGAUGGUAAAAUUAGCGGGUUGGAUGUCAGUUCUAAAUUGGUAGCAAGUGGCUCCACAGAUGGUUUACUUAAAAUUUGGGAUUAUAAUAGUCUGGACUUAGCAACAACUUUAAGGGGCCACAAUGGAAGGGUAACAAAAACAAUAUUUCAUCCAAACAAUGAGAGGUAUGUUGUAAGUUCCUCCCAUGACAAAACCUGGAGGUUAUGGGAUGUCUCAACUACUAAAGAGCUUCAAAUGCAGGAAGGUCAUUUUUCUGAAAUUUCCGAUUGUUCCAUAAAUAAAUUUGGUUCAUUAGUUUUUAGUGGAGCAUUGGAUGGCGUUGGUUUGGUAUGGGAUAUAAGAUGCGGCACAAACAUUGCAUCCAUAGAACAUCCAAAGCCUAUCUAUUGUAGUGAUUGGUAUUCAACAAAUAAUCUUGUGACUGGUGGUGGUGAUGGCAUGAUCAAAGUUUGGGAUCUAAGAAAGUUGGAAGUACCAUCAAAAAAUAUACCUGCGCAUAACAAUAUUGUUACAGAUUUGAAAAUUUGUCGAGAUGAAAGUGUUAUGUUUUCUACUUCAUAUGACAAAAUGGUCAAUUGUUAUAAUUGUGGCAACUGGCUGAAGAGUAGCAGUUUAGAGGGACAUGUCGAUAAAAUAUUGUGCUUAGAUAUCAGCGGCACAAACAAAAUUAUAACCGGCGGUUGGGAUAGAUCAAUAAAGUUAUGGGAUUAUUUUAAGAAAAUUUAA